AUGAUGAUAACAUUUUCAGUAUUUUGUAUUGCAUUGUUAUCUACAACUGCAGCAGCAUUGAAUUGCUCACAAAUUCCAGAUUCAUAUAUCUAUGCCGGUAAUGUAUUUUGGUAUCCAAAUAAUUCUUCGAAUUACGUAACGAUUCCACCUAACUUCAAUUGCAACUAUAUUAUAAAAGCCCCAAUUGCAUCGUCUCAAAUUUUACAUGGAUAUGUGGAAUUAUGGAAUUUGUUGAAAGGAGUCAAUGAUUAUUUCAUUGUGACGGAUACUUUGGGAGCUAAACAAACGAUUAAACCGAGAGGCGGUAGUUAUCUAACGUAUGAUGUAUUUCCUGGAAAGGAAAUUUCGAUUCAAGUUGUUACAAAAAGUGUUAAUAUGGGAUCUCAAUUUAAUUUCAAAGUUUCUUAUUCAAAAGUAAACGUUGGACCAACAACUGCAAUGAAAACUGGUGGAAUUAUGAACUUUGUUAAUCUUGAAAAUAUUAGGGGUUCUGAUCCAAACUUUUCAAAUUCCUUGUCAGUUGUCGGAACAGAGCAAAUUUCAGUAAGUUUGGCUACAUCUCGUUACCAAUAUCCAACUGAUUUGCUCUAUAACACAUUUGUAAUUGAUGGAGAUUUCUAUAAUCAAGCAUCAGUUCACAGACUAUUACCACUUCAAGGAGGUCCACCUUUACAAACAAUCGGAAAUAAAGUGACUAUCGUGACAUUUGUCAAUGAGACAUCUACUGAAUGUGCAGUUGUUUUAAAUCCAAAAUCAGAAGCUGAUGGUUUUGAUUAUUUAUCAUCUCAAGCAAGUAUUAAUGGAGAAAUUAAUAAAAUCAGUUUUGCUCCAUUGGAUCAGAGACAAGGUCUACAAGUUAUUGCUCUUCAUAAUACUCAAAUCAUUAUGGAUUCGUUGGUACUUGAUACUAAAACUGAUUUUUUCUGCACUGCAAUAGUAAUAUCUGGACCACCAAAUAAUUCUUCUCAUCUACUUCUUAAUUUGGAAAAAGCUCAAGGACUUAUGCCAUACACUUUUAAUAUGUCAUACUUCACUGUUGUUGGAACAGAAUGCUUAUUUUCUUUCACUAUAACAUCACCGAAUAAUUCAUAACUCAUCGUUUACAUGUAAAAGGUGUUUUUAUGAAAAAAGUUUUAGCUUCGUUUAACUUGACCUUACAAAAAAUCUGAAUUGCUCUAAUAAUCUCUAAUUCAAGACAUAACUUUUUUUGAAAAUUCAAAAAUACAAUAAAAUCUUUAAACCACAAA